CCUGGCUGGCCGCGCGGCGGCGGAUACUGUUGCUGCUGAUGCUAAUGUUUGCCCCGAUGCUCCCCGGGUGUUGUUGUCCGUGGUCGGGCGAGAGCGCGGGAGAUGCCAUGUGCAUAUUGCAGGUGGGUUUUGAUGGGGGAGGGGGGCAGGCGGGGAAGACUCCCGCGCACCCACACCCACCCUUCUUGCCGGGGGAUGCUGGGCUCUGGAGGAGGGGAAGUGGUCCCGAUCGAGUUGCUCUGGGCUCGAAGAUUCGAUGGCACUGCGGGUGUGCUUGGUGCUCUGUAGAAGACUGGGUAUGCUCUCUACAGACGGCUUUCUAUCCGGCUAUAGGCUGCGGCGCUUGGUAGGGUUGAGAUGCUCGUGGGAGGUGUGUAGUUCCUUGGACGAGUGGAUGCGGUAUCGAGUCAAGUGAGCUUUGAACUGGUCAGACUCGGAUGACUUGCCCACUACUCAACUACGUAUCGAGUAGAAUCUACUAUACCGACAGAGUACUCUUUGGAUAGCUAUGA